GCUCUAUCCCUCACCUCGCCUUCCUGCAACAGACGCCAGAGUGGCGUGAGCGAAUCGUCAGAUGUGCUGCAUUCUGCUCACCCUCUCGCACCCGGAUUUCUCCCUCGUGCUCGCGAGCAACCGCGACGAAGUCGUCGCGCGGCCCACCAAGCCCUCUGCCUGGCACUCGUUUGACACCUCGAUCUCAACAUCGGAGGAGCAGGGCCUUGUGCUAAGCGGCGUCGACUUCUCGCCCAACGGCGGCGGCACGUGGCUUGGUAUCACUCGGUCUGGCCGGCUAGCCGCGCUGACGAAUAUCUCGUAUGAUGCGCAGUACGAAGUUCCGUCGUCGUACAAGAGCCGCGGCGCGCUGCUCCGUCGAUGGCUCCUCUUGCCCGAAUCAGAGGGUAAUGCGGCCACGGAGAAAUUUGUCAAAGAGGUCGAGAAUGAUGCAGACCAAUACCCGGGGUUCAACCUCUUCUAUGGGACAACGACAAUGAAGACGGUGGCUGAAGAAGGCAAUGGCCAUAGCAGAGCAGCCACAUCGCUGCACCACGCCUGCAACCGCGACUCGACCGGCUCAAGAGGCUUCACGGUCGAGGAUCUCUCGCGCGACUCUACGUCUAGCAUCGCGCUGGCCUGUCCACCGCCGGGCGAUGGCGAGGGUGACGGCACGGAUGGGAAGCCCGUGUCGAAGUCCUGCGGAUUCAGCAACGAGUCGGGUGGUAAAUCGCCCAUGUGGGAAAAGGUUCGUCUGGGAAAGAAGCUGCUUGACGAGGCGUUGGAGAGAUUCGACGAGGCAGAGCGGGGUGCAGCGACCAACGGUGAUCGCAAGUCGGACGGAAAAGGAGUAAUGGACGAGGAGGAGCGGCUAAGGCGGCAAGAAGAGAUCCUGGCAGAGGAUCUCUUUACAAUCUUGAGGACACCGUCGGACCCGCUCCCUGAGACGAAUGAAGACCGAAAGAAGUCAAUCCUGAUCCCGCCACUCGAUCUGGGCAGAGGAAGCUUCUUUGCGACGCGGACCUCGACGGUGCUGAUCGUUCGUCGGAAUGGGCGAGGUGGAGAGAACCCGCUAGCGAGGUGGUGGGAGAGGGAUGUGUACCAGCAGCACGACAACGAGGACAUGCCAUCAUGUUUGCCUUCUGAAGAGGCCAAAAAGACGCAGCGGUACUACGACUGGAAACUUCAAUGA